AUGGCGGCUACGGCUUCUGCCUUAGCAGAGCUGCUGAAGGAGACUGGAGGCGAAGCGAAGGCAUCAGUGGUGGGGAAGCUGUAUGCACGACACGGGGGAGCGGAACACAAGGCCGCCAUAGGAGCUUGUGGUGGUGUGCGCAACUUUUGCCGAGCACAUGCAAAGCUCCUUGAGUACAUAGAGGAUGGAGCUGGACGCGUGCGUUUGGCCAGGGGCUAUUCAGGGCCAGAAACCACGCCAGAAGCCGCAGAAGCCGCAGAAGCUCCGGCCGUGUCAUUGCCAUCGCCGCCAUUGCCUGCGUUGCCGAUGGUUUUGGAUGCCUUCCAGGCAGCGCUGCAAAGUGUUAGCGUUCGCAACCUGGGCACAUUGAAGUUGGACGUGGAGAAGGCCAUGGGCCUUCCACUGGACCUGGUGCUCCGCAGCAUGGGCCGCAGCUUGCGGAGCUUGGCCGCUGAAGCUGUGGAGCUGCGCGACGUGGGCACGCGAUGUCUGGCGCUCAGUCGCGAUGCCGCACAGCUGGUAGACAGCAAGAAGCUGAGCUUUGCCAUGGACCUGGUUCAAAGCCUCGCUGAGCUGGUGCAAAUGGAACCCACGAUCACCCUGCAGGUGCUGCAGCAGCAUUGGUCCUGCACUCUGGAGUCCUUGCAGAGUCUCAUUGUGCUGGAUCUGUGGGGCUUCAGCGACUUGCGUACGGCCAUCACCACCUUGGCAGCAGAGCAGGUUGGUGUGGUGGACCUCCCCGAAGGUUCCUUCGCAGUCCGCGGCGGCGAGGAGGUGGCUUCGAGAGUUCGCUCCAAGGACUUGGCAUCUUUGUGGAAGUGGCCUGAAGCUGCCGCAUUGGUCUGUUUGCCCGCCUGGCGAAAUCAGCUGAGCCAUGGCCAAGUGGAGUUGCUGAGCCCUGAUGGUCAGCUUCCAUGGCCUUUGUGGGAAGCGCUGCUACAGGACUGCACUGCUUGCCCGUAUGCAGAGUUGGCUGAAAGGGCUGUUCUCUACCUGGCCCAAAGGAGUGCAGAUGUGACAGGUGCCCCGUCAGUUGCUCAUUUUCACCGCCUUCGAGUGGCGUUGGCUUUGGAGGAAAUUUCCAGCAGGGCUGAGCUCCGCUGCUUUGAAGGAAACGAGUCCAGGUCAGAUGCGGGUUUUUGA